AUGUCUGCAAAUGCCGACAAAACCAGACAGUCCUCUGGGGGCAAGUCCUUUUUCUCCCGGAGCAGCAAGAAGGACCGGAGACAUGCCAGUGACGACGGCAAACUGGGAGUGGAUAUCGACAAGACGAGUUCCACCAACGGAUCACGAUCAUCGCGUCACCAGAGAGGCGCCUCGGUGGCAUCAGUCGAGAUGCCUAAUUCGCCCGGUGUGGAUAUGCCAGGCCUGAACAUGGUGGCCGGAGUCAUCACCUCCAUCCCUUACGACAGCGUGACAGCAGAUGGGAGAUCGCCCAUACCCGUGGAAUACCUGCCCAGGAACGACCAGAUGCCCGUGAGGAGAGAACCGCUGCCGCACCAUCUGAACCAAAAAGGCUCCGACUUUCACCAGUACCCAUCUUUUGAUCCAGCAACGCCUGUCCAUGGCAGCUCCCACCCGUCCGGGCCGCGGCCCGCUCCGGGGAUGGGGAAUAUAACCAUGGCAUCCACGGGGGAUCGCAGGACGGCGCUGCAACAGUGGGGGCCGGGGCAACCAAGGACGAGUAACGCGAGCACCGUGAACGGACACAAUCCGAGAUAUGACUCCUAUUCUACGGCCCAGUCUUCCGCCUAUGGGAGACCGUCGUCCGACCAUUCGAGCAUGGACUCGAGUACCGAGCGAUCCAGCGUGUUCUCCUCCGGUGGCUCGUCCCGGACCGCCAUGCCAAAUUCCAACUCGGCCAGCUCCUUCAACAGUAAUCUGUCUCCCUCCCACGCGUCGAGCCGAGAAUCGGGGCGUCUGACCAAAUUUCCGAACCACCACAUGUCUGGGUCGCCUUCUGGUUCGCUGGCAGGAGACGGGUUCGUACUCAACAAGCCCAGUGACGAUCGGGUGAUAGAAGAGCAAUUCUUGGCGCUGAUGCAGAAACGCGGAUGGCACAACUUACCCGAUCAAGCCCGGAGGCAGAUGAUGGCAUACAAACCGUCGAAGAAAUGGACCCUGGUACACCAGGAUCGCCUGACGGAAUGGCAAGGCGAGCAGAAGAGGCGCACCAAUAUAAGAAACACGGGACACUUCGGACGGGAGAUGGAACUGCUGGCGAACGCAGAAGAGGAAGGUACCCCGGAGUGGUUCGUGCGGAAAGUGAUGGACAACAGCAUUUCCGCGAAGCAGCUCCAAAGUCUCGCGGUGAGCUUGCGUACACAGCCAAUUGGAUGGGUCAAGACCUUUGUCGAAUGCCAGGGCCAGGUUGCACUCACGAAUGUCCUGGGGAAGAUCAACCGGAGGCAAGCCCAGGGGCCAGCCCCCGCAGAUGGAUCGACCAGUGACAAGGACCUGGAUCGGGAGUAUGACAUAGUGAAAUGUCUGAAAGCUCUCAUGAACAACAAAUUCGGAGCCGACGAUGCACUGCAUCACCAGCAGGUCAUCGUGGCUCUGGCGACAUCCCUCAUCUCACCCCGCCUAACGACAAGGAAACUGGUGAGCGAGGUCUUGACAUUCUUGUGUCAUUGGGCCGAAGGCCAGGGUCACCUGAAGGUGAUCCAGGCUAUGGAUUUUGUCAAGAACCAACAGGGAGAAAAUGGGCGGUUCGAUGCGUGGAUGCGCGUGGUGGAAGUCACAGUGGAUGGCCGAGGGAAGAUGGGAAGUCUGGUCGGGGCCAGCGAAGAGGUUCGCAGUGGCGGUAUCGGGAUGGAGAACCUCCUGAUGGAAUACGCGGUCGCUACCCUGUUCCUGAUCAAUAUGGUUGUUGAUGCCCCGGAGAGAGACUUGCAACUUCGAGUCCAUAUCCGGGCCCAAUUUACGGCAUGUGGGAUCAAGCGCAUCUUGACCAAGAUGGAAGGAUUCCAGUACGAUAUAAUAGAUAAGCAGAUUGAGCGGUUCCGCACCAACGAGUCCAUCGAUUACGAGGAUCUCUUGGAGCGUGAGAAUAGUAGCAUCAAGGACAGCAUCGAAGGAGACGUCAAAGAUCUCAGCGACCCAACGCAAAUUGUCGAUGCCAUCAUGCAGAAGGUCCAAGGGAGCAGGACCCAGGAUUACUUCAUUUCUGCUCUGCAGCACCUCCUGCUCAUCCGGGACAACGAUGGAGAGGAACGUUUACGCAUGUUCCAACUGGUGGAUUCGAUGCUCAGCUAUGUUGCCAUGGACAGGAGACUACCGGACAUGGAUCUCAAACAAAGUCUGAAUUUUACUGUCCAGAGUCUGCUCGAUAAGCUUCACACCGAUUCGGAAGCCCGUCAAGCCCUCGAUGAAGCUCUGGAAUCUCGCCAGAUCGCCGACUCGGCUAUGGCCGAAAGGGAUGAGAUGAAAGCCCAGAUUGAGCUUGGAGCCGACGGACUGGUCGCGAAGCUGCAAAGACAAUUAGACGAACAAUCUCAGGUCAUUGAAAUUCAAAGGCGGCAGGCAGACGCACUAAAGAGUGACUUGGAAAGCCUCCAGGCCGUUCGGGCGAAAGAGGCCCAACGAAAUGAGCUUGAAACGAGAGAGCUGUAUCUCAUGUUGCGCGAUGCUCAGGAUAUUGCCGCCUCAAAUGCUGUGAAGGGUGCCAACGGAGGUGCCCUAGCAGAAACAGAUCCCUCUCAGAUGAAGGGUAUACUGAACCGUGAGAAGCUCAUGGACCGAUUGGAGAUGCAGAUUGAGCGUCAAAAGACGCAAUACAAACUCGAAGGCCGAGUCUGGGGUGAUGCGGCCGGUCCCUCUGAUCGUUUACGUGCCCUCCGCGAGGAGAUGGACGGUGACGGAUCUGGUGCCGGUGACGGAUCUGGUGCCGGUGCCGGCGGCGGUGCCGGCGGCGGGCCUGGUGCUGGUGCUGGUGGUACACUUGGCGGUACUCCUCCGAGAGACUUCACUAACAGCAUGCUGGGGAGCGUUUCUCGUCCAACAAGAAUGCCUAGGAAGCCUGUCAAUUCCCAAGAAAUUCUUGUUGAGGCUGAAGGUGACGAGGGUACCAUAUACGAAAUGCCUCGCGUGGUCGAGAUGAGGAGACCCAAUAAAACACCUGGGUACUUGGAUGAGAUGAGCUCCAAGGUCAAACGAUACGAUGCAAGUGACGACGAGGACGGGGACGGUGUUACGACAGGGCCGUCGCAUCCAAGUCUCGAAUCUGACUCCCCGAGGACACCCAGCGAUGAGACAGCCCCUAAAGUCGGCGGGUUCAAUGGGCCCCUACCGCCCAUUCCACCCCAACCACCGGUGCCAGAGCCGAUGCCUGAAUCGUCUGAACCUCCUCCUCCUCCUCCUCCUCCCCCUCCCCCCCCCUCCGCCGCCACCUCUACCUGGAGCCAUGGGCGGCCCGCCCCCUCCACCGCCCCCUCCAAUGCCCGCUUCCUCGAUCAGCCGGCUUACAGCACCGCACCUUCGCUUGGCUUGCCUGUCACUAGGUCCAAGAAGAAGCUGAAGGCACUUCAUUGGGAGAAGGUGGAUACUCCUCUGACGACUCAUUGGGCGGCCCACGCCCCAACUGCAUUAGAUAAGGAAGAGAAGUACGCCGAGCUAUCCAGGAAGGGUGUUUUGGAUGAGGUUGAAAAGCUGUUCUCGGCUAAAGAGAUCAAAAUUCUCGGCAAGGGCGCUGGCAAGAAGUCGGAAAAGAAACAGAUCAUCUCCAGCGAUCUCAUGCGAACCUUCCAAAUUUCUCUCGCCAAGUUCUCUUCUUACUCGGUAGAGAAGGUCGUUCAAAUGGUCAUUCAUUGUGACAAGGAAGUCUUGGACAAUGCUGUUGUCAUGGAUUUCUUUCAGAAGGAAGACAUGUGCAAUGUGCCAGAGAACACUGCCAAGUUGAUGGCGCCAUACGCCAAAGACUGGACAGGACCUGAUGCGAACAAGGACAGCCGUGAAAUGGACCCGAGCGAGCUUACCCGAGAAGAUCAGAUCUAUCUGCAAACGUCAUAUGAACUUCACCACUACUGGAAGUCAAGAAUGAGGGCCUUGGCGUUGACCCGGACGUUCGAGGUCGAGUACGAUGAAGUUUCUUCCAAGUUGAAACAGGUUGUCGAAGUCUCCGAGUCUCUACGAGACUCGGUGGCUUUCAUGAAUGUGCUGGGACUCAUUCUCGACAUUGGUAACUACAUGAACGAUUCGAACAAACAAGCUACUGGUUUUAAGCUCAGUUCACUUGCUCGACUCGGCAUGGUCAAGGAUGACAAGAACGAAACGACAUUCGCUGAUCUUGUGGAACGUAUCGUUCGAACUCAAUAUCCGGAGUGGGAAGGCUUCACUGAAGACAUCGGGGGGGUUGUGACCUCCAUGAAGCUGAAUGUCGAACAGCUGCAGCAAGAUGCAAGACGUUACAUUGACAAUAUCAAGAAUGUCCAGAUGUCCCUCGAUUCAGGCAAUUUGAGCGACCCGAAGAAGUUCCAUCCCCAAGACCGGGUCAGUACCAUUGUCCAACGAUCAAUGAAGGACGCGAGGCGAAAGGGCGAACAGAUGCAGCUGUAUCUGGAAGAAAUGAUCCGAACCUACGACGAUAUCAUGGUCUUCUACGGCGAAGACCCCAGUGACGACAAUGCCCGCCGGGAAUUCUUCUCUAAGCUCGCCACCUUCGUGAAUGAGUGGAAGAAGUCGAAAGAGAAGAACCUGGCUCUCGAAGCUAUACGCAAACGCAACGAAGCCUCGAUGAAGCGCAAGCACGCCCAACUCAAAGCUACCGGGUCAUCAGAUGGAAGUGCACCGCCGUCACCUGUCUCAAGUGGAGCCAUGGACUCGUUACUAGAGAAGCUACGUGCUGCUGCUCCCCAGGCUAGAGAUCAACGGGACAGGAGGAGGCGGGCCCGUCUCCAGAACCGACAUCAAGUCCGCGUUGCGUCCGGGCAGAAGAUCCCUGAUCCAGAUGAGAUACCCGAGAUUGAAGAAUCCCUCAAGAGUCCUGAAUCCUUCAGCACCGAGGGGGCCCUCCUGAGCCCAGACUCCGUUGGGCUCAGAGAAGGAUCGGAAGAUGACGUGGCUGAGCGUGCGGCAAUGCUACUGCAAGGAAUGCGCGGGAACGACGGCGCGAACGAUACAGAAGAAAGCGAGCGGCGUGAUAGUAUGCGGAGGGCCCGCCGGCGUGACAACGCCGAUGAAGAGCGCAAAGCUCGCCGCAAGCGCCGCGAGCAGGCGUCUAGCAUAUCCGAAGCUACCGAGGGCGACAGCACGAUUGUGGAAGAGGAGUCGAGUACAACGCAGAUCGUAGAUGCGUCGAUUACGGAAGAAGCCGAGGUGGAGAAGGUGCCGGCCCCGACGACGAUCAUUAGUCCGCCGAGCCCAGACGGUUCGAAAACCAACCCGAUGGAAGGCGAUGAGUGA